GGAUCGGUCAACAGUUCGGUUUGAGGUCUCAGUAACGCAAGUCCAAGCAAAAUCAACAUGAAAUACCUAGCAGUUUUUGCCAUCUGCUGUCUUGUGGCAUCAGCCUUUGCUGCUUUGAAAAACCCAAUCUGUGGCGAGCAGUUUGGCGUCAAGGGUACUUGCCGUUCCCUGCAACCCAUGUGGACGUAUCGCCCAGAUACAAACGAGUGCAUCACCUUCCAAUACUCCGGCUGCCAAGGAAACAACAACCUAUUCCACAAGGAAUCGGAAUGCGAAGAGAAAUGCAAAAUUUAAGUGCCCAUUUAGUCGUGAAUAAAGUUGGAAGGUCGGUUUUGUUAUCCUAA